CUGCUCUCGAGACCUUUGACCACGGCUCCGCUUCCGGUUAGCAGCUAGCUAGCGAGCUAACCUCUCUGCUCCUCUUUUCUAUCCCCUCUUGUCUUUUCCGUCUUCCUUGAGUGUUCUGUCUUUUGCGGAGCGAUGUGGUUUAUUUAUUUACUGAGCUGGCUGUCGAUGUUGAUUCAGGUGUGCUUCGUCACUCUUGCUAUUGCUGCUGGCCUGUACUACUUGGCAGAACUAAUAGAAGAGUACACGGUGGCCACUCGUCGAAUAAUAAACUAUAUGAUUCUGUUUUCGACAGGCGUCCUCGCAGGUCUUUACAUCUUUGAAGGCUUCCCAGUGUUGAUGGUGGGAGUGGGACUCUUCACCAACCUGGUGUACUUUGGCUUGCUGCAGACGUUUCCCUACAUCCUGCUGAGCUCGCCCAACUUCAUCCUCUCCUGCGUGUUGGUGGUGGUCAACCACUACAUGGCCUUUCAGUACUUUGCACAAGAGUAUUACCCCUUCUCGGAGGUCCUGUCUUAUUUCACCAUCUGCCUCUGGGUGAUUCCUUUUGCCUUCUUUGUGUCGCUGUCGGCGGGCGAAAAUGUGCUUCCAUCCACUGUGCAGCAAGGAGAUGAUGUGGUGUCUAAUUACUUCACCAAGGGCAAACGGGGAAAGCGCUCUGGAAUCCUCCUGGUCUUCUCCUUCCUCAAAGAGGCUGUGCUACCCACUAGGCAGAAAAUGUACUGAGGAACCGGACUUGGGGGGUUCAGGUGGGCAGGACUGUGGAAGUCUCAUGUCUUUUAUCCGUUUGGGACUCCAGCGGUAAAACUGGGGUUAAAGGGGAUGAGGAGCAGAAGACAGUGGACCAAUGAACAGUGCAGCGUCUCCUGUUUGGCCGUUUGGAGGAGCUUUCUAUCCUCGUCUUCUGCACACCGGCACUUAAUGCUGCAUUGGACCGUCUUUACGUAUUGAUGCUCCUUGGAAAUGAUUUUUACAAGCGACACCAGGAAGCUGGCCAUCAAUCACAUGUUUCAUAUCUUCAUUGGAAGAUGAAUAUUUACCAGAUAGACAAGACAGCUUGAUAGUAGUUAAAAGAAUAUAUACAUGUAUUUCAAUGCUAACAGUGGUUUAACAGACACAGCAGUGAAAGAGACUCAACACAAGCGCUUGGGAAAGUUUAAUGGGAAUGUUCUGGAACGCUGGCACCUGUUUACCAAAACCCACCUGUGAGUUGUCCUUUUAUUUGCGUCUACUGGACUCAUUUCCAUCACGCACGGCGCCUCCAUGUCAGCUGACUUUCUAAUAAAAGCUGCUACAUUCUUUGUGACAAGAACAUUAAGUUUAGUUCAUUAUUGGAAGCAGUUACAGGAAGAAAAAAGUCCUUUUGUGAAACGCUGACUUCUUUUAUCAUCAAUCUUUCUCUUAUUAAACGUCCAUAAUACAGUA